AUGGAGGAUGACAUUCCAGCAAGUUGGGAAAAGGUUGAGUUUGGAGAAUGUCACAUACUAGAGAAUGAUGGGUUAGGAGUGAGACGUGCUUUACAGAGGGACGGCUUUGGAGAAAAAGGUUUCUGCAAUGAGGGCAAAGCCACUGAGGACCUUGGGGACAGCACAGAGAGCCAGGAUGUAGUUGCUUUACUUGAGCAGCAGGUGGCGCCGCUGGGAGACACAACCAAGUCUGAGAGGAAGAUGGUGACAGGAGGACCAGGGGACAACGGCAGAGCGAGAGACCCCAUCAAGAGGAAACCCGUCUUCGGUGAAAUGGCUACCGACAACCAGAGAGAGAUGGAGGGUGAGUCGGACAGUGAUGAAGAGAUCGUGGGGGAUGGAGAGAUGGAAAGGGAGGAUAGAGUGGAGGGGAAUGGAGAGACGGACCGUCAGGGCGGGACGGGUAACGGCCUAAAUCCAGAAGACCGGGGAAGAAAUGUGGAUGGGACAUCAGGGACAGCUGCACAGAGGACCACUGGAAUCACAGAACACUCCGCGUCAGGACACUUGACUCUGAGAUCGUCUCAGGCGCGCGUCAGUGCGUUCCGAGCCCCCUCUCUCCGCGGGACCCCCCCGGCUCACAACCCACUUGCCUCUAACCAUCCCAUUAACGCUCAGAAGCCCAGUCCAUCGGCGUGCGGGGUGCUGGUGCUGUUGAAGACGGAUCCGGUACCGGAGGAGGGAGUGGCACCCGGAGACAGUGUGGUCUACCUCAGGCUGGAGCGGAAACCCGCCUGGGCCCAGAGCGCCCUAGAUCAAAACCUAGACCUCUUCACCAGAGAGAUGCUUCUGCGGGUGUUGUCCGGCUCCCGGCUGGUGGUGUGCUACAAGGCCAAAGACCUGCUCCGCACAGCCCUCCAGCUGUACCAACCCAGCCUGCACUGGAAACAAGUGUCAUCCUGCCGUGUCCAGGACCCCCAGGUGGCUGCCUGGCUGUUGGACCCAGCGGACCCGUCCUCCUGCUUCACUGAUCUGCUCACCAAACACAGCAGGAGGCCCCCCAGACCCCCCACACCGGUGCUGGGGGCCAGGAGGGUAUCUCAGGUCCUCUCCAGUCUUUCGCUGCUCUACAAGCUGAACAUGGAGCUUCAGUCUAAACUACAGAGCCAGGGUCUGUGGGAGCUGUACUCCAACAUGGAGCUGACUAUGAUCCCUGUACUAGCAGCCAUGGAGAGCCAUAGGAUCCAUGUGGACAAGGAGGCCUUGAAGAGGACGUCAGAGAUGCUGGGGACUAGGAUGAAGCAGUUAGAGCAGGAUGCCCACCAGGCUGCAGGCCAGAAGUUUCUAGUGUCCAGCAGCACCCAGCUCAGAACGGUUCUGUUUGAGAAGCUGCGUCUGCAGGAGCGCUGUGAAAACAAGAAGCUCCCCAAGACACUGAACAAACAGCAGCACUCCACAUCCGAGGCCACCUUGUUGCAGCUCCAGGACCUCCAUCCUCUGCCCAGGAUCAUUCUGGAAUACAGACAGGUUCACAAGAUCAAGUCCACCUUCGUUGAUGGGAUUCUGUCCUGCAUGAUGAGCAAGAAUUCCAUCUCCUCCACAUGGUACCAGACCAGUGCGGUGACUGGGAGAAUCUCUGCCAAGCACCCAAAUUUCCAGGCUCUCCCAAGGCAGCCGGUGCAGAUCACCAAGAAACAGGAUGUCCAAGGAAAGGAAGCGGAGGUGGUGACUGUUCACCCACGAUCCAUGUUCAUUCCUCAGGAUGGCUACAGUUUCCUGGCUGCAGAUUUCUGCCAAGUGGAGUUGCGUUUGUUGGCCCACCUCUCCUCAGACCCAGAGCUGCUGAGAAUAUUUCACAACCCACAAGCAGACGUCUUCACCAUGCUGGCCUCACAGUGGAAAGGUGUGAAUGAGGGAGACGUGAGCUCUGAGGAUAGAGAGCAUGCCAAGCGUAUCGUCUACUCUGUGGUGUAUGGAGCAGGUCGGGAGCGGCUGUCAGGCAUCCUGGGUGUGAGUGCUGAGAGGGCCAGCCAAUUCCAGGAUAGCUUCCUUCACAACUACAGAGAGGUUCACAACUUCAUUCACACCACCAUCCAGCAGUGUCAUAAACAAGGUUACGUGCUGUCGAUUAUGGGCCGGCGGCGGGCUUUUCCCCAUGUCCACUCUGUGGACUGGGCCGUCCGCAUGCAGGCUGAGAGACAGGCCGUCAACUUUGUGGUCCAAGGUUCAGCUGCUGACCUGUGUAAGAUGGCCAUGAUCCGGAUCUUCUCCACGGUGUCCUCCUCUAGGUCUCUGUCCGCCAGGCUCGUAGCUCAGCUCCACGACGAGCUGCUCUACGAGGUGGAGGACUCUCAGGUGGAGGAGUUUGCAGUGUUGGUCAGGAACACUAUGGAGUCCCUCCAGCAUGUCGAUUGUCUGGGAGUUCAUCUCAAAGUCCCCCUGAAGGUGGCGGUGUCAAGUGGCAAAUCCUGGGGCUCCAUGUCUGAACUACACCUCCCCCAAACGUCUUUCUCCUUAUCUUCCUGAAUCCCUCUCUCCGAUUCGUACCCUCCGCCUUUCUCCAACUCUUCUCUCCUUUUAUUGUGUUACAUCCAUAUUGCUAUGGAAACCAGACAAGUGCAGCUCUUCCAAGCUCACAAUGCUGCCUCUAUCUCCUCCCUCCCUCUCUCUCUCUCUCUCUCUCUCUCUCUCUCUCUCGGUCUCUCUCCCUCCUUCUGAGUCUGUAUCCAGGGGAACGGCCGGAGCUUCCAGCUGGAACGCAUCUUUUUUUUCAUCCUCCCUCCAUUUUGUGGAAGUGUAGUCCUCUUCAUA